AUGAUUGUUGAUCGAUGCGAUAGGCUCGAGAAGUGCUGGCGAAAAGUGGUGUUGGGUGAUGGCCGAGCUGCUCGAGCGCAUGGACCAUUAUCAUGCAAUUUUUCUCCACUCAACAAAUUCCAUACAGCACGUGACCAUUAUUCGGCUAUGUACAGUACAUUAGUGGAACAGAUCCAUACAUGCCACACACUUCGCUUCUCCCUUCAGUGUCUCCAUACAAUUCCAUCGGAACAUUUCCAUCCCGUUGGAGUUACGGUAUACGUCAUGAGCACCCCAAGUAUUCUAGAGUCCUUAUAUCCAUAUCCCGACAACAUCGUUAUCCAGGAUAGGUUAUCAGCAAUUCAAUAUGGCCAUAACAUAUUUGAGCAAGGCAUGAUUGAACGAUGCCUUGUUUUAUGGGUUGAUGGAUCUGUAGAGAAAUUCCCUCCCGUCAAAGAAGCGAAAAGACUCACUGCGGCCGCAGUUAGAUAUCUCGACUUUUCAUCCAAGGACUGGGCGGAGCUCAUCACGUUCAACACCCUUCCAUACGGCAGUGCAUUUGCCCUUGAAGCAGAGAUGAUAGCCAUUCACGAAGCAUUCCGCAAGGCUUGUGAACUAACGAACGAUUUCGACCGUGUGCUGAUAUUUACUGACUGUCAGUCAAUACUUCAAGGCAUAAAAUCAAAAUCGACGUUCAGCUUUCUAUCCAAGCCAGAUUGGAUAAUGAACUUGUUCACAUACGCAAACAUGCUUUACGACGUCGGAAUUACUGUUGAGCUUCGAUGGGUUCCCGCACAUUCGGCUGUUGAAGGAAACGAACGGGUGGACGAGCUUGCAAAGCGAUUUAGGCGAGCUGCAAGAUCUAUUCUGGCCAAAGAACAACCAGAUCUCAUCUUGCGUCACGUCACCAUCAUAACAACCUCGGAAGAAUUGCUUCGUCAAGAUUUAUUUCAAAAAGCUCAGCUACAAUCAGAAGAACAAAACCUUCAAUUCAGCCACCAAAUCCUCGAAGUCAACGAUAGCCAGCAGUCAACCAAACGAAAAAAUAGCAUGUUAUUGACAGGCUCAGCCAAUCUUCCGAUCCACCCAAGACACCGAUGUAAACGGAAGAGAACGUUGACGGGCUGGAUCGGAACCGAAAAUCGUGUAUGUACAUUAGGUGGGUAUGAGGAGGACAAGAAAUCGUGA